AUGGCGAAGAGUGAGAUAGAAGUGAGUUAUAGACUCAGGAAUAGUGAGACUAACCGUAGGAAUGGUAUGGAAAUGAAUGCAGUGAACGGGAAAUGUGUGCAAAAUUGGGACAAAUAUAUGUAUACGUUAUGCAUAUUCCUCAAUAACCUGGCGUUUGGUAUGACAUGCAGUAUAUUCUACCCCACGAUGGUUGACAUGAAGUACAUCUUCGACACCUCCAUGAAAGACAUAUCAGUGAGCAAUACAUUCGGUUCCAUCGGUUACCUCUUGGGCUCGCUCUUCGGCUUUCUAUACAAACGCAUUAACAGACAGAUGACGACAAUUGUCUUACUCUUAGCCAUAAGCAUAUCAAUAGCGGUGAUGCCGUUCGCACCGACCCUAUGGUCGUUGUAUUUGUGCUCAUUUGUGACACUCCUGGGCGGCGGCGCCUGGAAUGCGGCCCACAAUGUGUGGCUCAUAGAGAUGUGGACGCAUACCAGUGCUCCCGUCCUCCAGUUCUCGCAGUUCAUGUACGGCUUGGGAUGCAUUCUGUCGCCCCUACUCGUCAAACCAUACCUGACCGGCGAACUGCCCACCAAUCACACAGUCAUUCCCAACACCACUAUCACUACAACUGUUCCCACGAUCACCACCACUGAUAUUAACCAUUCCAUUGAUAGGCGAGCGCUGCUUAAGACACCGUUCAUUACCGACGGCUUAAUACAGGCUUUCAUACCAAUAGUCCUUUUGAUUAUGUUUUUUGUCAAAAGAUAUGAGUUUUCGAAACCAAUUCUUCAGCCAAAGGAGUCUUCGGCUGAAUACGGGGUCGAGAACUUCGAUGUCUACGGAACUAAUGGUCAUUCAGAGGAGUCCAAUGUCAUCGAGAUAUCCGAUAGCUAUCACCGCGACAGACGUCUCAAUGCAGUAUUAAUUGCAAUAUUUUUAGCCAAUUAUACGGCACUAGAGUUGGCGCACUUUGGCUACAGUUCCACAUACUAUCAGUUCAUAGGACUGCGUUUAAGUGCCUCAGAAUCGGCCGAAAUAUUCUCCAUAAUGGCCUCCAGUUUUACGAUCGGUCGGUGUGUCAGUGCCUUCAUCGCCAUCCGACUCAAGCCAAAAGUGAUGAUAAGCUACCACUUCAUUGUGAUCGGUGUCGCCCUAACGGUGCUAUACUUCGGCCAAACCAGCGAACGGCUCAUUUGGUUCGGGAAUGUCAUCAUUGGGUUCGGCUUUUCGGCGGUCUUUCCGGCGAUCUUUGCCUUCGCCGAGCAGUACAUCAAAGUUAACGACAAGAUAUCAACGGUUCUCGUCUUCUCGUCCGCCAGUCUCGCACUCUUCACGCCAUUCAUUUUGGGGCCAUUCCUCGAGAACAAUGCGUUCAUACUUAUAGAGUAUGAGAUUGUCUUCUUCACCGCCAGUGUCCUCCUGUUUGUCGUCAUUUUGUUUAUAUGGACCAAUUGGGUGACCACUAAGGAGAUCCAGUCAUCACUUUUUGUCAAAUAUAUCUGUGGCGACAGUUCCGGCGGUGAUAGUGUCGGUGAUGAAGACAUUGAGUCCCUAUUAGAAAGCCAUGAGAAUUGUGUCCAACUGUUA